AUGGUCACGAUGAAGGUCCUGGGUUUGAACUGCGGAACGAGCAUCGAUGGGAUUGAUGUAGCUCUUUGUCAAAUAUCGUCAAAGCCGUCAUCUGGCGAUGUCUCGAUCGAAUUAUCAUCGUACACUGAGGUGGCGGUGAACCCAGACCUUCGGGCUCAAAUCCUCCGCCUGUGCCGUCCGAACCAGGCAGAUGCGGGUACUACGCUGGCCGAGAUUUGCGACCUCAACUUUGCCCUGGGGAGGCAGUUUUUCCGUGCCGUACGCGAAUCUGGGGUAGACUUGGACCAGGUCGACGUUAUUGCCAGCCACGGCCAAACGCUCUGGCAUCAGCCCGAGGGUGACCAUCGAUCAACCCUGCAAAUGGCCGAGCCCGCAGUCAUUGCACAUGAUACCCAAAAGACGGUAGUGAGUGGCUUCCGCGUCGCAGAGCUUGCUGCUGGACGUCAAGGUGCCCCGCUUGCUGGAUUCUUCGAAGCCGGCCUUCUUUCACACCCUGAGAAGACGAGGAUCAGCCAGAACAUCGGAGGAAUUGGCAACGCCUCGGUCCUUCCGGCAACAAACCUGAAGACCUCUAUGCCAGCAUCGACCUAUGUGGCCUUUGACACAGGGCCCGGAAAUGUCCUGAUUGAUGCAGCGAUGCGUAUUAUCAGCAACGGCGAGCUGCACUAUGAUCACGACGGAACUCUUGGGAUAGAGGGUGAGGGUAGCAUCAACUCCGCCAUCGUGGAUCGCUACUUGGACUCGGAGCCAUACUUCCAAGCACCGCUGCCCAAGACGACCGGCCGCGAGCUGUUUUCCGACGAUUUGGCAAGAAAGCUUGUGGAAGAGAUGCAAGGCAUGGGGAUGGUUCCUGCGGCGAUCGUCGCGACCAUCACUCGGAUUACGGCAGAGUCAAUUGCCCGGGCCUACAAGCGCUUGGUCAUGCCGCUGCUGGGCGAAGGCAAAAGUAUUGACGAGAUUUACAUCUGCGGUGGAGGCGCCCACAAUCCCAAUAUCCUCAAGCACCUGCAGGCCGAGUUCCCGGAGGCUCAAGUCAUGAAGCUCGACGAUGCUCCCAUGAAACUCGACCCAAGCGCCAAAGAAGCUGUGCUAUUUGCCUUGCUCGGCUUCUUAGCCGUCUCUGGGAGGAGAGUUCCAAUUGCUGGUUGUGCAGAGACGACAUCUCCCGCGAUUUUGGGAGUUAUAACGCCAGGGGCGAAUUACCAUCAAAUCAUGAAAAGCGUAGUUGCUGAUGAGGACUUUGGCUCUGACAGGGUCCUUGGCCGCAUUAUCAUGUAA